CAAACUUUGUAACCGUGCGCGGGUUUUGAUUGCACUAGAGAGCACAAGCAUCAUCGUCCGGUUCAAAGGGAUUUCCAGUGAGCUACCCGCUUUCCCUCUACCAACAACAAAACAGGUUGAAGGGACCAAGUUGAUUAAAAAACAGUAAAUAGAUAUGUUCCAAACAACAGUUAGGAGGUCAUCUGCAUUCCAGCCUUUAAAAUAUGGUGGAAAGUACAAGGUAACUUUGAUUCCAGGAGACGGUACCGGAAAAGAAUUAUCUAACUCGGUUUCAACUAUCUUCAAAGCUGCCAAUGUUCCGGUAGAAUUUGAAGAAAUUGAUGUGACAGGAAUGGAUAAGAGAGACAAGCCAACUGAUGUGAGUUUACAUGAAGCAAUUCAAUCUUUGAAACGCAACAAGGUUGGUUUGAAAGGAAUUUUCUAUACUCCUUCUGAACGCAACGGACACUCUUCAUUCAACGUUGCUUUGCGUAAGGAAUUAGACUUGUUUGCAUCCUUGUCGCUCAUCAAAAAUAUUCCGGGCGUAAAAACUCGUCAUAACGGUGUUGAUUUUGCUCUUAUUCGUGAAAAUACCGAAGGUGAGUAUUCCGGUUUAGAGCAUCAAUCCGUUCCCGGAGUGGUUGAGUCUCUUAAAAUUAUUACCGAACCAAAGUCGAAGCGUAUUGCUCAAUUUGCAUUCGACUUUGCCCUUAAAAACAACAGGAAGUCCGUCACCUGUAUUCAUAAAGCCAAUAUUAUGAAGAUGGCUGAUGGUCUUUUCCGUAAAACAUUUUACAACACCGCAGCUAAUUACCAGUCUAUCACCGCAAAUGACUUAAUUGUUGACAACGCUUCUAUGCAGGCCGUCUCUCGUCCUCAACAAUUUGAUGUGCUUGUUACUCCCAACUUGUACGGAAGUAUCUUGAGCAACAUUGGCAGUGGUCUAGUUGGUGGUCCUGGUGUUGUCCCUGGUGGUAACUUCGGACAUGAGCAUGCUCUUUUCGAACCUGGCUGCCGCCAUACUCAAUUGCACAUUACUGGUCGUAAUGAAGCUAACCCUACUGCUAUGAUCCUUAGUGCUUGUAUGAUGCUUCGUCAUCUUGGCUUGAAGGAAUAUGCUGAUUUGAUCAAUGCUGCCACUUACUCUGUUAUCGAAGAUGGAAAGACUGUCACCAAAGAUUUGAACGGUACCGCCAACACUGAGGAAUUUACUCGUGCCAUUCUUGAAAGAAUGGAAAGACUUUGAGUUUGUUAUAUGCUCUCUCUUUGAAUUUCUCUCGUUUGCUUGAACUGCGUUUCGUCGUUGCAAAGCCUGCUUCGUUUAUGUAAAAUGGAUUCCCCCUCUCUUCUUUAACUCAUGCAUCUAGUCGAGAAAACUAGGUGAAGUACUAGUUUUAUUCCUGCCUAGUUUUCUAUUGUGUCAAGUACUACUUUGCUUAUACGGUAACAGUAUAUCGGACCAAUCAAUCUUAUAACUUCUUGUCUUAUUCUAUGAAUUCAAUUUUCAAUGCCCUGAC